GUAUCGCAUGCGAUACGGUCCGAUUUAGAGCGCUGAGAGGUCGAUCGUGCACGCAAGCGAGAACGAUCUCACAGUACACAAUUCACUAUGGGAGUUGGGGACCACGAGAUUGAAAAGGCAGAUUAAAACUGUGAAGCACGACUGGCUGAUCCCUGCCACGGACAUAUUUCCUUUAACACCGUCGUCCACGUUUGUAAGAUGAUCGUUCAUACUGUAUGCAUCACGGUCAGCUGUCCAGCAUAGAGAGCCAGAAUGUACCAGGCGUGGGCCGAGGAAGCGCACGCGCACAGAAGCAACCUGAAGGAUGGAUAAAGCUACGAUCAGUGCUACCGUUCGAAGCAGUACAACCGCGAGACACAGGCAGCACUAAUGCAUCCUCAGGGUUCGCGGGUAAACCUUACCUUACCUUACCUUACCGCACCUCUUCUAAGUCCUGCCGACUGCCCCCGCCAUCGUCAGCAAGCCGUGCAUCCGCCGGACGCCGUUCAAGCCGUCCAAGAAUGAAAAUGAUCAUGUCAAGCCGCAAAUUGGUCACUGCCUCCUCGAGACGGAACUGCCGCGGUGACGACCGUAAAAAAUCCGCUCCAGUGUGAUGGAUGCUCUCGACUCACAAUCCAGAACGAUUGUCUCGUCUCAUUGACAAGAGGAGCUCGAGGAGAGUUACAGGGGCUGACGUUCACAUGCGUGCGUGCGUGCGUGCGUGAGUAUACUUGGCUAGCCUGCAAACCUCUAGUAAAAUAGCUGAGCACAACUCAGUACGACUUUAAUAUUAAUGGCCCCGCUACGGUCAUAUCCACGACCUCAGCCAACCGCGCG